AUGCCACCAUAUCUCACCACUGCCCUUCCACUCCGCGUACUCUCUCGCACUACCUUCCUAUCAAAAGCACCACUACGCACCUUUGCCUCCCUACAACAGCGGAUAACAUGCUCCCGUCUUCCUCAGGCUCCGUCUAUGAGCAAUAAAAGCUGGGAUAUGACCGCAACCUUGAUGACAAGAACAAGAGGGAUACACAGCUCUUCUGUACAGCGUCAUGGCUCGUUAACGCGACCUGCACCUGGGACUGGCAUAACCGUCCACUUCAAAGACUCCAAAGGCGCACUCAUAAAAACAAUCGAGGGCAAUGAAGGAGAUGACAUACUGUCGUUAGCGCAUGAACAUGAUAUCGAUCUCGAGGGUGCCUGUGAAGCUUCUCUCGCAUGCUCUACAUGUCACGUCUAUGUCACUCCUCAGCACUACCCCCUCCUCCCAGAGCCAUCGGACGAUGAGAACGAUAUGCUCGACAUGGCGUUUGGUUUAGGAGAGUUCUCACGUUUGGGCUGUCAGGUUCAAUUGACACCAGAGCUAGACGGUAUGGAGGUUCAGUUGCCCAGUGCGACACGCAAUAUGUUCGUCGAUGGGAAGAAACCUACGCAUCAUUAGUGCAGAUUGUGAAUGGUGGUCGUCUGGUAAGGUCGUCAGAGUGGAAGAGGUGAAGAUGUGCAGCUCGGGAUGGAAGGGGUACGACGAAUGAGCAUGGGUGGAAUGGGGAGUAUGAAGGGGUGGAGAUAAGGGAAAUAGAGAAUGUGGCAUUUUGGAAAGCGUGAGGUCCCAGCGGUAGGCGAUGAUGGCCUCCAUCCUAGCCUUUCCCAUUUUCACCCCAUCAAAAUAAUCCUCCAAACUUACAUCUCAUCUACGCUCAACACACUGCAUCGCGUUCAUGCGUGCUCACUGGUCACUGGUGGAUAACAAUAUUUGAUGUGGAUCUGCUUUAAACCUUAGACUGUCCUUGUCAUCGUUGAUUCACGGUACUAAUUCCAAAUAUUUUAUUUACAUAUUGCACUCU